AUGACUUCAGAACAAUCAAUACCUUCUCUAUCCAUUCGAAUCCUUCAAAUAUCAAGUGCUAUAAUAUGGUGUUUAUUAGCGGCUGGUCCCGUAUUUGGGUUUGCAGCAUUGAAACCAAUCUUAAUUGCUGAACAUAUUUAUGAAAAGAAUUGUGAUUUAAAAGUAAAUCAAACAGGGAGUUUGGCAACUGCUGUUUGUGCAGAACAAGAUUUAUCUUUGAAUUUCUUGUUCACAGUAGCUUGUAUGGUCACCAAUAUUUCAGCGUUACCAGUUGGGUCCAUUUUAGAUAGUUAUGGUCCAAGAGUAACUGGUAUAAUUGGAUCUUUCAUCUUAGCAUUAGCAGCGUUGACAUUGAAAUAUUCAUCCUAUAUUACUUUAUUUGAUGGGUAUUUGACGGGUUAUACUUUAUUAGCAUUAGCUGGUCCAUUUGUAUUCAUUUCAUGUUUCCAAUUAGCCAAUUCAUUUCCAAAGAAUUCUGGAUUAAUAUUAGCUUUAUUAACUGGUGCAUUUGACUCAAGUUCAGCUGUGUUUUUAAUUUAUAGAAUCAUUUAUACAUCAAUGUCUAAAAUAUCGAUUGAAAACUUCUUUACCGUUUAUUUGAUCGUUCCUGUUUUCAUUCUUAUUUGUCAAUUACUGAUAAUGCCAUCUCAAUCAUAUAAGACUAUUGGCACAUUAGCUAAAAUCGCUGAAACUGGAAUUGAUGAAACUGGAAAACCAAUUGAUCACGAUUUAUUAUUACCAGAAGAUAGGGAAAUUCAAUCUACUCAAAAUAAUAGUAGUAGUGCUAUUAUGGAAGCAGCUGGAGAAUACUAUCAACCAACAAUCAGCGAAACUACAGCUUUAUUAAUCAGAAGAUCGUCGUCAGUAGCUGUGGCUGCUAGUAGAAGAGAAUCAGUUAUCCUGAGAUAUUCAGUCGUCUCAGUGAAGUCUGUCUAUGAACAUGAUAAAGAUAAUGAAUUGAUUAGUGCUUCAGGUGGAGUAUUUGGUAUUAUGCAUGAUGCCACUAUUAAUCAACAAUUUCUCUCUCAAUGGUUCAUAUUAAUGACGUUAUUCACUACUAUCCAAAUGUUAAGAAUAAACUACUUUGUAGCUACUGUUAAAUCUCAAGAGUUAUAUUUAUACAAUAAUAAUGAAAUCAUUGCCACUGCUAUAAAUCAAUUCUUUGAUUUGGCGUUACCAUUAGGUGGGAUCUUUUCAAUUCCAUUCAUUGGAUUAAUUCUUGAUAACUUCACCACCUUGAGUAUCUUAUACAUUUUAACUGGUUUAUCAUUAUUUAUUGGUGUAAUGGGUAUACUUUCAUGGAUCCCAGCUACAUAUGCCGGAAUUAUUGUAUUGGUUAUUUACCGUCCCUUUUAUUAUACUGCUGUUAGUGAUUAUUGUGCUAAAGUAUUUGGGUAUGAUAAUUUCGGUACUAUUUAUGGUACAAUCAUUGCAUUUUCGGGUAUUUGUAAUAUUUUACAACAAGUUAUGGAUAAAUUAACGCAUCAAUAUUUCAAUAUGAAUCCAAUUCCAGUAAAUUCGAUAUUAAUAGUCUUAACCGCUGUAUUUGGUUUUGCAUUGAUUGGAUUUGUGAGAUCACAAGAAUUACAAUUAAAGAGAAAGAGGUUGGAAUUAGAAGCUCAAGAAGCCACAAAUAGACCAAUCCCAACAUAA